CACUUUUUGUUCCACGAGCGGUUGCGCCGACAGGAAAGGACAACAUGGCGUGGUGGUGGAGCACGAGUCCGUGGGUCGUGAAGACGCGUGCGAAAAGCACGUACGUGGAGCGACAAGAGUCGGGCACUGGCUUGUCUAUCCGCCAUCCGUGGAAGCGCGUCGUGGCGGUUGUGCUUCUGCUCGGCGUCAAUAUUGUCGUGCAUGUUGUCAAUCCUGUCGCGUAUUCGCGUGCAAUGGUGGCGAUUCCUGUGUAUGGAACCGCAUUCAACUUUCUGUGCCGAGCGAUGCUGCCCGAUGACACGAUUGGAACCGUUGUACGUCACAGUCGCUUCAUCCUAAACUGUCCUAUGUUCCCUCAAUGUGGCAGACCUUGCGAGUAACGUUGGCGCUCUUGACUGUGGUGCUGGGGUGCAUUUUUACCCGAGCUAUGAUCUUUCCCAUCUUGCGUCGAUAUCUUUCCAUGUUCUCGUCUGGCCAUGCUGAACUCGGGCGACUUGAAUCCAUCAAGACCAGCGGGGGUCUCGCUGCCAUCUCUCACCGCACUGUGAACGCAUUCGCAAACGGCGGGCGACCGUACUCCAUCGACGUCUAUAUUGGAUCGGUGUCUCAAGGGUCGUGGACGAUCAUGUACUUCCUCAUUCCGCUGUACCUAUCGCUCGUCGCGACCAUUUUUAACGCGUUCGCGCCAGCGAAUCUCGAGGUGACGUCGGUACUGCCCAUUCGUUAUGUUGAACUGUAUCCGACCGUGCGUGCGGUCUCGCUCGUCAUGAAUGGGCUCUUGCUGUUCUCUACGUUGGACGUGAUGCUGCAAGACCACAUUCGUUGCGAGAGUCUCUUUGACAACUGGAUGCAUGGAUUUCGCUGGCACGUGUGGCGCCACCAAUACGUACGCAUUUCAUGCUUCUGGCUCGUCUUCACCGGGCUCGUCGCCUACGCCGCCAUUGGCCUUCCCCACGUGCAUGCUGCCAUGACGGACUGGUUCUUCCAACACGUGUCGACCGAUGUCUACUUUAUGGAGUCGUGGCGGGCGCUCUUUAGUGGCGCUGUGGUCAUGCUUGACGUCGUGGUCCUUAUGCAAGACUGGGACUUUCCAACUGCGGCGUCGCCCAAGCACGUUUACAUUCCUGGCCUUGCCACGAACGUUGUAUGCCUUGGGCACAACACUCGGUUUCGCCUCGCCUUUACGUGCAAGUGGAUCGUCAUGGGUUUGAUUAUGUUGAUGCUGCCGUUGGACGUGUGGACGUUGGUGCAGCAGCUCAACUACACUCCCCUUCACUACGGGCAGAUGGUCGCGGCGGCAACCCUUCAAGUCGUAUCGAUGGUCAACACGACUCAGCUGGAUGCGCUCGCGUGUGGAGCGCUGUGUUUUCAUGGACCUCUACCUGCUCACGCCGACGUGGUGCCAACGCUUGGACGGUAUUUCAGUUGGCCUGCAGAAGACAAGUUCCCGGCCGUGUGCUUGGUAGUUUACGUGGUGUUCUUGUGCAUACGAAUGAUCGCGAACGAAGACAGUGGUUUUGUCGUGUCGAGUCAAAUGCAAGGAGUCAAGGAACAAAACUAUCGCCGCCAGCUCGAUCACUCGUCGUUGCCUCCGCGGGCCGUGCAAGAUUUGGUGCGACUCGCCGACAUCAAGCGCCAAUACUGGCUCCGGCGGCACUCGGACGACAUUUGCGUCGGCCUUGCCCUCUUUGGCCUUGUGCUCAUGUUGCUCCAACUGCGGUGUAUCUGGCAAGUACGAGUCGAGUUUGCCAUGGCCACGUACCCGUCCAACAUGGUGUCGACCCCCGGCCAAACCUACGCGCUUCUCAUCUUCAUUUCGACACUGCUUCUCGUGUUCGAACUACACCGACGCUUCCGUCUCACGGUUGAUAUUCUCAAACUGCGCAACAAACUGUCGCCAAGCACAACCAUGUGGCGCCACCCGAGCAUUCGUUUGCAGCUCUUGGUAGAACUCGUGGCUAACUUGGCGAUUGUACCGCCGCUUGUGACGGGUGUUUUUGUUGUCAACGAGUACCAAAUGCAUGCAACGACGUGUCCGACACCGUUGGUUCGGCAAGGAAGCGACAAGUGCUACCUUGUGCUGGAAUACCCGUACGAAACCCUCGGCAUGGUCAUGUUUCUGCGGCUUUAUUGGAUCGUCCGGCUCGUCCGCAACCAUUCCGGGUUUUAUGGCCAGCGCGUCGACUUUAUCGGAUCUCUCAACAACGUGAGCACGGACUCGCCGCUGUGGCAUUUCCGCGCGAUCUUUUACCAUCACCCAGUGUUUGCAUUCUUGACGUGCACCAUUUUGACGUGGGUCGCAACAGCAGUGGGCGUAUCUGUUAUGGAGCGGCCGUUGCCGUCCCCCUUGGAUAGCGAGCUGACGGCGAUGUGGAUGGUCAUUGUUACCAUGGCGACUGUCGGAUAUGGAGACUUUGUCCCGCGAACCGUGGCCGGGCGCGUGAUAACGGUGUUGGGCGGCAUUGUCGGCGGUGUGAUUGUGAUAUCGAUGUUGACGUCGCUCUUCAUGGGGUCGCUCCAAACCACCCGCGGCGAAGAAAAGGUUCUCCAUGUCGUGCGCUACAAGCGAUGGCAGCGCCGUCGCCUGGACGCGUCGGUAAACUUGAUCGCAGCGGCAUGGAAGCUCAGCAAACAACGUCGAAAUCACCCGAGCAAAGUGGCCGACGGGGAUACCAACCGUCUGCUCUAUAAAUACAUGCAAGAAGUGCGAGAAUUGCGCUUGGGAGCGGUCACGGAAGGCGAAAACACUGUCGCGAUGGUGCGCCAGUGGCACCGCGAUGCCAUCGAGCCCAUCUUGGCCCACACGCAUGCCCAGCGCAACAAGACCGUGGACGAGCUGGAGAAGAAGAUCCUCCAAAUUCGAGACCUGGCGCGCGUGAUUCAUGGCAUUCGGUCGACCGGCCGCACGUAGAUGAAUUGAACUGCAUGCAUUGCAUCGAAUACAUGUGUGGAUACGUCUUGCUCA